AAUGAGGGGCGGGGCUAUGGGAUGAUGUCGCCUGAGCGUUCAACAAGCGUGCUGCACUGGUAAAACUGACUAGUCCUGAUACACGCGUUCACCUGCCAGGAUUGUAAGAGACAAUACCAUACCAAUCAGGAUACAGCAGCAAAAGGAAAAGGGUCUCCGGGGGGGUUGGUGUGACGUCUUUUCAGGCCUAUGUAAAAGAUGGCCAACUUUGGAGGACAUGCCAUUCCGGGCACCUUCUUCCUGCUGUACGGCCUGUGGCUGGCCGUCAAACACACGCUACACCACUGGAGGAAGGGCAAGACCGCCGGGCGGCCCAAGACCGCCGGGCGGCCCGAGGCGCCCGCCUUCCUCAGGAAGAUGGAAUAUGUCGAGGGGGGAUUCAUGAUGUUUGCUGCAUUUGUCGGUAUCAUGGUGGAGCAGUUUGUGGUGGACGGGCCCCACGCGCGGCUCUACAGCGGCGGGGCCUGGGUGAAGCUGAUGAACUGGCAGCACAGCACCAUGUACCUGUUCUUUGGCAUCGCCGGCUUCGCCAACGUCACCAGCUUGAUUAAGUCCAUGCCCCUCGGCAUAGAUCGGAUGUCCAUCUCUCUGGCACUGUUUGUCGAAGGGUUCCUGUUCUACUAUCACCUGCACAGCCGGCCCCUCCUGGACGCCCACGUGCACACGCUGCUGCUGGUGCCCGUGUUCGUGGGCUCGGCCAACGCCAUGCUGCAGGUGUUCCUCAGGGACAACAUCAUCCUGGAGCUGUCCCUGGCCUGCCUCUUCUUCCUGCAGGGAUCCUGGUUCUACCAGAUUGGAUGUGUGCUGUUCCCUUUAAGUGGACCAGAGUGGGAUUUAACGUUGCACAACAACGUCAUGUUCACCACCAUGUGCUUCUGCUGGCACAUAGCCAUGGCCCUGCUCAUCAUCAGCAUUGUAGCCCUUCUGGUUUGUUCAAUUGUGAAAAGAGUGUCUGGAGAGAGCAGAAACGUGGAGCUGGGCAUGAGGAACACAACCAACUCCUCACAGAAGGCCCUGCUGGACGACACGGACGAAGAGUAACUUACACAUGCACAUACAUUAUGAAGUAAUAAUGUGUUUGUAUCCAUCAUAUAUUUAAAACAGGUAAUAUAUAUUUUCAAUGUGAUUAUUAAUUACUGUUAUGAAAUUGUACAUGUUGAAAUUGUACAUGAAUGUUCAACCGAAUACCUUAAUGAAUGUAAGACUGGAACGAAUUACCAUGAACUGAAUACAAACUAUAAGCCACUGUUACAUGAUAAAUGACAAAAGCUCGGCUAGGCAAUAUAAUGACCUAAAAACAUAAACCUUUUUUCAUGUUUUUAUGGUUUGAUUACUAUGUCUAAUGUUGCCAUAUCUUAUGAAAUCCUGAAAAUAUGUCAAACUGCACAUCUGACAAUAAACUACUUGGAUAAGGA